GGUGCUAGGGGGGCUCGCAGCCCGGCGCGGGCUGCUGAGGAAGGAGCGUCGGACCCGGCCGGGCUGCUGGGUGCGCUCCCAGUCCCGCUCUUGGCGCGGCCGGCAGUAGCCGGGGAAGGCGGCGGCGGCAGGGAGCGGCGAUCCUGCCAGCCCUGCAGCGGCCGGACCCCUCGUGGGCGGCGCUGGCUGCUGCUAUGUUUCAUUGCAUCCCCCUGUGGCGGUGCAACCGUCAUGUGGAGUCCAUCGAUAAGCGGCACUGCUCGCUGCUCUCGGUGCCCGAGGAGAUCUACCGCUACAGCCGCAGCCUGGAAGAGCUCCUGCUGGACGCCAAUCAGCUCCGCGAGCUGCCUAAGCCCUUUUUCCAGCUUGUAAAAUUACGGAAACUUGGACUCAGUGAUAAUGAAAUUCAGCGGCUCCCUCCAGAAAUAGCAAACUUUAUGCAGCUGGUGGAACUUGAUUUGUCUCGAAAUGAAAUUCCUGAAAUUCCAGAAAGCAUCUCCUUUUGCAAAACACUACAAGUAGCAGACUUCAGUGGGAACCCUCUGACCAGGUUGCCUGAAAGCUUUCCUGAAUUACAGAAUCUGACGUGUCUUUCUGUAAAUGACAUCUCACUGCAGGCACUACCUGAAAACAUUGGGAACCUUUUUAACCUGGCUUCCUUGGAACUAAGAGAGAAUCUGCUGACAUACUUACCUGAAUCACUCACCCACCUACAGAGACUAGAAGAACUUGAUUUAGGAAACAAUGAACUUUAUAACUUGCCAGAAACAAUUGGUGCACUUUUCAGUCUUAAAGAUCUCUGGCUGGAUGGAAACCAGUUAGCUGAAAUACCUCAGGAAAUAGGAAAUAUGAAAAACCUGCUAUGUCUGGAUGUGUCUGAAAAUAAAUUGGAAAGACUUCCUGAAGAGAUCAGUGGUCUGACUUCCUUAACAGAUUUGCUCGCUUCUCAGAAUUUACUUGAGGUGCUACCUGAUGGUAUUGGAAAUUUGAAGAAGCUGUCUAUCUUGAAGGUUGAUCAGAACAAACUUGUUCACUUAACAGAAGCAAUAGGAGACUGUGAAAGCCUUACUGAACUAGUUCUAACAGAAAACCAGCUGCUGAAAUUGCCGAAGAGCAUUGGAAAACUAAAGAAGCUGAACAAUUUGAAUGCCGACAGAAACAAAUUAAUGUCUUUGCCCAAAGAGAUUGGGGGGUGCUGCAGCCUUAAUGUCUUUUCUGUGCGUGACAACAGAUUAUCUCGAAUUCCCUCUGAGAUUUCUCAAGCCACUGAACUGCAUGUCCUUGAUGUAGCUGGAAACAGGCUGAUACAUCUUCCUCUGUCACUGACUUCCUUAAAGCUGAAGGCUUUGUGGUUGUCUGAUAACCAGUCCCAACCUUUGCUGAUGUUCCAGACUGACACAGAUCCUGAAACAGGAGAGAAAAUUUUAACAUGUGUGUUACUUCCUCAAAUGCCUUCUGAGCCCAGCUGCCAAGAUAACCUGCCCCGAUGUGGUGCGUUUGAGAGCUUGGUAAAUGAAAUGUCAGAUGAAACCUGGAAUGAGCGUGCUGUAAACAGAAUCAGUUCAAUCCGCUUUUUAGAAGAUGAAAAAGAUGAAGAGGAUAAUGAAAUGAGAACACUUCUAAGGCGAGCCACUCCACAUCCUGGAGAGUUAAAGAACAUGAAAAAGACAGUGGAGAAUUUACGGAAUGAUAUGAAUGCUGCUAAAGGACUGGAUUCAAACAAAAACGAGGUCAAUAAUGCCAUUGACAGAGUGACCACCUCUGUGUAGAGUUUCAUCUCCAGGUUUUACCUCCUGUGUCUUCCCCUGCUGUUGAAAUGUUCCUGUCGUCUUCUGGGACGUCAUUCAGCCCCCUUUGUUUUUAACCAGAACCUGAUUCAUCAUCUCCUUGUAUGUGGAAGGUGCUGAUCACUGGAAGAAAGUGCCUUAUCUCAGCCAGGCAUUGAACCAAUAAUCUCCAAAUCAAUAUUGUACUUUUAAUAGUUUAGUUUGUUUUUAAUAAAUAGAGUACACUACUGUAUAGGUAGUGCCAUAUUUUUGUCUUACAUGUGGGGAAAUACAAUUUUUCCUAAGUGCUGGGGUAUCUUCUUCCCAGUUGCUAGAUAUGCUGGUGAGAAAUAUAGUUUUAUGUGGAAAAUGGAUAAAUUUUUACUCUUUGGCAGCUCAGAUGGUGUAAAUUUUAAAAUUUUGUAUAGGAGUUUCAUAACAAAAUGGUGUAUUUCAUUUUUAAAAAGAAAUUUAUCUUAAUCGGUACAUAUUUUAGUAUUUGUGGAAGAGAACAUGAGUUUCAUGGACAGUUGUAUUCAUUUGUUGUUUGUACUGCCCACUUGUGCCUUAAAAUGUUUUGUAUGUCAGACUAGUCUUAAAAGAAAACAGAAUCCUUGGGUAGAGCAAGGUUAAAACAAUGGUGCCUGUUUGGAAGUGUUCAUUUCAAGCAGUAAUUAACUUUUGGGGUAUUUUACAAAAAAAGGAAAACUGAUGUUUAUAUUGCAGGAUUCAGAUUUGUGAAGCACAACUGUUUAUUUUAUUGUAUUCUGAGUUGAGAUUAAAUGACCAGACUGCUACUGUUUAUUACACAAUGCACUCACACUUUAACUUAAUCAUAAGGAAACCUCUUGUUUUGGAUGCAGUGAUGGAUUGCAGUCAAUAGAAACUCAUGCUCCCACUUCUAAA